UGUUCCUCCUCCUCUUCCUGGUGAAGAAAGCUCUUCUGUUCCUGCUCACACAUCUUCUUCUAAAGAAAGUUCUUCCCCUGAGAAGGACGCUUCUUUAACUACUCCCGUUGGGAAAGACGACGAAGGAACGCCGCCUCCAAACACAGAAACAAAUCUCUCUUCGCGUUCAACAGGGGAUGGUGAAGAAUCACCCGCCUUAACCAUGGCAACAGAGACCGCCCCAGACCAACCAAGUAAAGACGUCGCGGAAACGAAUGAAACGCAGGAAGAUGACGCUAAGAUUGCAGAGCUACUAGAGACGGCAAUGAAGUUGAAGCCAUUGGUAGAACUUGCUCCAGUUCCCGAUAUGGACGUUCUUUUUGGAAAUAUCGAAGAGUUGAAGACAAAAUACGAGGAACAAGUUGCGCAGUUCUCUAAAGCACAAGACGUCAACAAAGCCCGUCUUGAUCAGGCACUUCAAGAUAAAUUACAGGCUCGACGCAUUAGAAAACAAGCCAUUGAACUGAAAGAUACUUCAGAGUUGGCCAAAGGAGUAACUUCAAAUGUCGGGAAGUUAUUCUGACUUGAUCUAUUUCAGUACAUAAAAUUAUAUCAUGCACAUAAUAUUUUACCAUUUGUGUCGUAAACCACCGUAUUUCUUGCUCGUAUCUAUCUUAAGGCGGAUGAAUAUAUAGCAAAAAUACUGGUGGAUAAAGACACAAGAACCUAAGGCAACCAGAUUAGUCAAAUUUGUACAAUCCUGAAUUAUUGAUCAAAGCACUGAUUAGUUAUGGGGGGAGCGCACGAAUCGGACUUGGGGCAGUUGACAAAUUUUACAUGAAGUAAUGCAACAUAUGACACGUAGCAGUUUCCCAGUCAUGUACUUUAAAUGAUAUAAUUUCAAAUUAUUUUCUUUUAAUUCUAAAGUUUUAAAGUUUGAUACCAUUGCACCUGUGUUGUAGAAUUGUUUAUCGUUUAAAAAUAAGUUGCAUACGGCAUAUAUCAAUAAAAUGUCGCGCCAGUGAACAUAAUCGUAUCGCGACAUUUUCCGAAAUGGUAACGAAGUUGACCCGAAAGUUUCCUGUAAUUUAAUAAAAUUUAGAGUUUGAAAUUAUAAUUCGAGUUCUUCUUGAAAACGUAUAUUUGUGUAUCAGGAACUUCUUUUAUCAUCAAUGACCAAUUAGGCAAGGAAUAGCAGCACAUCAUGCGGAAGUCUAUAGCAUUUUUUGGAGGUGCUUUAUUCGUAGUGAUGUCUUUAUCGAUAUAUCUAGUUGUGGACCAAUUAUCUAAAAUGCCUAGUUAUGAAAGCGUUAUAGAAGCACAGGUAAAUAGAAAGGUAAUUGAACCUUUAGUGAAGAUUGAAAAAGAUAUGGAUAGACUGGAAAAGAAGAUAAAAUUGUCAGAAAAAGCUGUCAAUCAAUUAAAAGGUGAUGCAACAAAGUUGGGUGACAACCCUGUCAGUGAUCAACCUAUUCUUAAUAGCAACACAAGUCCAAGAAAAACAUUUCAGUCACUUGUUCAUGUUGAUAAAGAAAAUGACAGUGGAUGUAAAUUCUCAAAGACCCCUUCUGGCCUUUCUUCAGAUGUCAAGAUGUUAGAUGUCUACGACUUUCUCCCAUUUGAUAACCCAGAUGGUGGAGCCUGGAAACAAGGCUGGAAUGUUCAGCGUGAAAAGAAUGAAGAACACUUGGAUGUCUUUGUUAUCCCACAUUCCCACAAUGAUCCUGGAUGGAUAAAAACACUGGAUGCAUACUAUCAGGAUCAGACCAGACAUAUUUUGGACAAUGUUGUUGAUGCAUUGGCUCUUGAUAAACGAAGGAAAUUUAUCUGGGCUGAAAUGUCUUACCUGUCAAUGUGGUGGGAAGAGGUGGACGAUAGAAGAAAGAAGUUAUUUAAAGAACAAGUGAAAAAUGGUCAGAUGGAAAUUGUUACAGGAGGAUGGGUAAUGAAUGAUGAGGCAAACACCCACUAUUUUGCUAUGAUUGAUCAAUUGAUUGAAGGACAGCAGUGGCUAGAAGCUAAUAUAGGUGUUAAGCCUCAGGCAGGCUGGGCUAUAGAUCCUUUUGGUCACACUCCAACCAUGGCUUAUAUUUUAAAACGAUCUGGUUUUCAUUCAAUGUUAAUUCAAAGAACACAUUAUGCUGUAAAGAAGUAUUUGGCUCGGAGGAAGAAGCUGGAGUUCAUGUGGAGACAAAACUGGGAUCAUUCUUCUUCAACAGACAUGUUCUGUCAUAUGAUGCCUUUUUAUAGUUAUGAUGUACCACACACUUGUGGACCUGAACCUGCAAUUUGUUGUCAAUUUGAUUUUCGACGACUUCCUGGUGGAGGAAUACAAUGCCCUUGGCAUAUUUCACCUGUAAAAAUUGAUGAUAAUAAUGUUGCUCAAAGAGCGGAAAAGUUACUGGAUCAAUACAGAAAAAAGGCAACCCUGUAUAAAAGUAACAUUGUAUUAAUUCCUCUUGGAGAUGACUUCAGAUAUGAAAUGAAAUUUGAAACAACAGAACAAUUCUCAAACUAUCAGAGAUUGUUUGAUUAUAUGAAUUCUCAUCCAAAACUCAAGGUUAAGGCUCAGUUUGGAACACUGUCAGAUUACUUUAACAAGCUUUGGGAAAAAAACGGGGUUAAACCUGGGAAACAACCUCCAGGAUAUCCAACUUUAAGUGGGGAUUUUUAUACUUACGCUGACAGAGAUGAUCAUUAUUGGAGUGGAUAUUUCACAACUAGACCUUUCUAUAAAAAUAUGGAUCGUGUUCUGGAAUCAAGAUUGCGAGCUGCAGAAAUAAUUUAUCAUCUUGCUUAUUCUCAUGCCCGUAAAGAUGGGGUGAAGUUAUUUCCAUCAACUAAUUUAUUCCACCUAUUGAUGCAAGCCAGACGAAACUUAGGAGUCUUUCAACAUCAUGAUGGGAUCACAGGGACAGCUAAGGAUCAUGUUGUGGUUGAUUAUGGAUUCCGACUGUUGCGUUCACUUCAAGACACUGCUCGUAUUAUUGAGGAUUCGUCAUAUUUUCUGUUGCAUAAAUCCAGAAAAGAUUACAAACCAAAUGACGAGUCGCUAACUAUGGUUCAAUAUGAUGAAGAAAGAAAAGGUCAAGAUGGCUUUCCUACAAAAAGGAUUCUGGCAGUCAAAAGCUCUAAGCCAAGAAAAGUAACACUGUAUAAUUCACUGGAGGGUUAUCGUGUACAAGUAGUCAGUAUUUUAGUUUCAACACUGAAAAUCAAGGUGACAAAUGCCACUGGACACACAAUUUCCUUUCAAGUUAGUCCAGUUUUUGACAACGAUUUUAAGCCUGUGCCAAACAGUUACAGAGUUCAUUUUGUGGCAAAUAUUCCGCCAUUGGGUCUGGCGACGUAUACAAUUGAAGAGACAUCAAGUGUGAAUUCCCUAAGUUCUGUCUAUCUUUAUCAUCACGUUGGCGACGUGAAUCUGGACAAGGAAUUCACAGUGGAGCGCAAAGAUUGGGAUUCGGGAGAUAUUGUUUUGGAAAAUGAUGCCCUUCAUGUUACAUUCGACAGUUCACAUGGUACAAUGGUGAAACUAACAACUGUAGAAGAUGGUAAAACGUUGGAUCUACUUAUGGCUUUCAUGACCUAUGGCACAGCUCAUGCAUCUGACAGAAGUGGAGCGUAUUUAUUCCUUCCCGAUGGCCCUGCUCAGCCAUUAAAUUUACCCUCUCACUCAAGAAUUAUCGUACUGAAAGGAAGGAUAUUCAAUGAACUAACUGUACAACUACCCCUUGUUCAACAUCGAGUCAGACUUUAUAACGUUCCAGGUCCAGAAGGAAUGACUAUCGACAUUGAAAAUGCUGUUGAUAUACGAGAGGAACAUAACAGGGAACUUGCAAUGCGAUUUUCAACUAAUAUUCUGAAUAACAAUGAGAUAUUCACAGACCUAAAUGGCUUUCAGAUGCAACUUCACAAAACUUUAACCAAGCUUCCUUUACAAGCUAAUUUCUAUCCAAUGCCAAACUCAGCGAUUAUCCAAGAUAAGAAAACUCGCCUCACAUUGCACUCGGCGCAGGCUAAUGGUGUCGCUAGCCUUAAAUCAGGUUCCCUUGAAGUGAUCCUAGAUAGACGUUUAACUCAAGAUGAUAACCGAGGAUUGGGACAGGGGGUAAUGGAUAACAAAAGAACACCUGCAAAUUUCAGAUUAUUUGUUGAGAAAUUUCAAGCACUACAAGAUGAGUCAUCUGUUGGCGUUCCUCUGACAUACCAUUCUCUUGCAAGUAAUACAAUCUCCCAACAUCUUUCUCAACCGAUAUCAAUAUUACAUCAUUCACAUACUGAACCGUCAACAUUGACGUCUAUAUUUGCGGGUUUAUCCCGUCCUUUACCAUGUGAUAUGUUUGUCGUGAAUUUGAGAACGAUACAAAAAGGUGUGGAACCAGAACCAACAGAUGAAGCUGCAUUAUUGUUACGUCGUCAUGGCUACGAUUGUUCGUUCCCCACUUGGUGUAAAACUACGUCAGGAAAGAUUUCAUUCCAGCGAUUAUUUAAGGAUCUUGAGGUUAGAAAUAUUCAACAAACAUCUCUCACGCUAAUGCACAACAUUAAAACAGUUGAUCGAGAUGCAACAAUCAAACUAAAACCAAUGGAAAUAUAUACGUAUAAACUCAGUCUCUCCUAGAAAGAUUUAGAUCUUUGCUAAAAUAUUGCAUUCGGUGGGAAAGCAAACACACCAAGGGAAAUGUUAUUGGCCUUGAGUAAGUAAUUAGAGACGACCUAGACGAUACUGAUUAAAGAAACUAAUAUUAUCAUUUUUUUACGUUUUUGUUAUUGUAAAAUAUUUAAUACAGUGCUAUGUAAGUAAUACACCUGGAGGUUGUUAUCGUUGUAUUUUAGAUAACCAGAAUUGAUAUCACAAUUGAUAGAUGUAGGAAAAUUAAUA